UGCGGUGCGCCGGCGUCGCUCGGAGCGGCGUCAGUGCCGAGGCCAGGGGGGCGCAGCGCGAGCGCCCGUCAGUCACGGUCGGUGCUUCACGCGCUUCGGCCACACCGCACGUCGGCGUCCUAGCGAUCGAUCUCCGUAUCAUCGCGCACUUUGCUUUUGAAAUCGUUCAAGAGUGCUAGUGAUAAUUUCGAUACCGUUUCGCCAAUAGCGAGCAUCGGUCGUAGCUACGUGUACGAUAAAGCGAGCGUCGGUCGCCGCUGCGCGUUCUGUGCCGAAUUGUAAUUCUUCACGCUAACGAAACCUCGAGUCGAGAUAAAUUCCUAGAGAGUGCAUUUACAGGGGAUUUUGUUGCUAUAUUUACAUUAUCCUUGUGUGAGUUAGUGUCGCGGUAGUGAUACACGAUGAGGCCGAAAGAGGAGGUGGACACGAAGGUCCAGACGGGGACCUUCAUCCUGUCCGAGAAGAUCGACGACACCAAGUCUAAGAAGAGCGAGAAGGAAAUGAAGAAGGAAAUGAAGCGCCUAGAGAAGGAGAAGCAGGAGCGCGAGAAGAGGGAUAAAAAGGCGAGAGAAAAGGAGAAGGAACGAGAAAAGCAAGCAAAGAGAGGCAAGGUGGUGUGCGCGUCGUGCGGCGGCAAGUGCAGCGGCGAGGUGCUGCGCGUGUCCGACAAGUACUUCCACACGGCGUGCUUCACGUGCCGCACGUGCGCCGCGUCGCUGGCGCGCGGCGGCUUCUUCUGCAAGGACGGCCACUACUACUGCCCGCACGACUACCAGCGCGCGUUCGGCACGCGCUGCGCCGCCUGCGACCUGUACGUGGAGGGCGAGGUGGUGUCGGCGCUCGGCAACACCUACCACCAGAAGUGCUUCACGUGCGCGCGCUGCAAGCGAGCCUUCCCCUCGGGCGAGAAGGUCACGUACACCGGCGCCGAGGUGGUGUGCUCCAGCUGCGUGGCGGCGCCGCAGCGGCAGACGGCGCGCGCCGCGCCGCCGCAGCCCGCCGCGCCGCACUCGCCCGUCUCGCGCGGAGACACCGCCACGCCGCACGACCAGAACGAGUGUGCGGGAUGCGGGCAGGAGCUGUCGGAGGGCCAGGCGCUGGUGGCGCUGGACAGGCAGUGGCACACGUGGUGCUUCGCGUGCGGCGAGUGCGGCGCCGUGCUGCAGGGCGAGUACAUGGGCCGCGACGGCGUGCCCUACUGCGAGCGCGACUACCAGCGCCUCUUCGGCGUGCGCUGCGCCUACUGCCAGCGGUACAUCUCCGGGAAGGUGCUGCAGGCCGGCGAGAACCACCACUUCCACCCCACGUGCGCGCGCUGCAGCAAGUGCGGCGACCCGUUCGGCGACGGCGAGGAGAUGUUCCUGCAGGGCGCCGCCAUCUGGCACCCGCGCUGCGGGCCCGCGCCGCACGAGCCCGACCUCGAGCCCGCCGCCGACCGCGCCUCCACCGACCUGCAGUUCUCGCUGCGCUCGCGCACGCCCAGCGUCAACGGUUCCUACUGCAGCCCCUACAGUAGCUUGACCAGGAAGUACGGGUACCGCGCGGUGUCGCCGGGGCUGGUGCUGCGCGAGUACCGCGACGCGGGCGCGUGCUCGCCGCACCGCAUCACCACGUACUCGUACCUCACGAGCGAGCCCUCGUACCUGCGGCGGCCGCUGCAGCCCUACGACCGCGCGCCCGCGUCGCCGCACUUCCACCGGCCGCCGUCCGCCGCCAGCCGCGCCUCCAGCCGCGCCGCCAGCAAGGCGUCCUCGCGCCCCGCCAUGCGCGCGCUCGUGGACUCCAUGCGCGCCGAGACGCCGCGCCCCAAGUCCCCGCGCAUGAACAACGAGGAGCCCAUCGAGCUGUCGCACUACCCCGCCGCCUACAAGCCGCCGCCCGGCACCAAGCCCAAGAUCGAGCGCGACGACUUCCCCGCACCUACCCGAGAGCGCCGCCGCCGCUGGUCCGACACCUACCGCGGCGUGCCCGACAGCGACGACGAGCCCGACGCCGCCGUCAACGGCAAGCUCAACGGCGCCGACGUCGACCCCAAGCUGCGCCGCGAGGAGCACGAGCUCGCCAAGAUCGAGACCGGCAUCGCGCAGGUAUUCCUGAAAGAAGUCAAGGAGCGAGAGAAGCUCCAGCAGUGGAAGAAACAGAACCUCGACCCCAGGAACGCGAGCAGGACGCCGUCGGCGUCGCGCGAGCCGCUGCCGCGCCUGCGCUACUCGUCGCCCGUGGGCGCGUCGCCGUCGCGCUCGCUGGACGCGCGGCCCGACGAGCACGAGCACAACCACGCCUCCCACGCGCAUACCCACGUACAACGUGGUGUCGUCGCUGCGGGCGGCGCCGCGCCCCGGCUACGGACUGGCGCCGCGCUCGCACACCUCUCCUCCACCGCCGGAGACUUCACAUUCAGCGGCAUGGGCGACAAGACGCAUAGCACGGACUUCAGCAGCGGCAAGUCAGACAUAUCUGCCGGCUCCAUCACUGACGUGGAUCGAAGUGCUGUGACGACGGACGGCGGCGUGGCGGUGCGCGGCGGCAGCGCGGCCUACCCGCGCGCCGGGCGCGCGCUCGCUGCCAACAUGGCCACCUCGCACCUGCUGCACGAGCCCGCCAAGCUCUACCCCUACCUGCUCAUCACCAACUACCGCCUGCCGCCCGACGUCGACCGCCUCAACCUCGAGCGGCAUCUGUCCGACGCGGAGUUCGAGGCCAUCCUGCAGAUCGGGCGGCAGGACUUCUACCGCCUGCCGCAGUGGCGCCGCAACGAGCUCAAGCGCCGCGCGAGACUCUUCUAGAGCCGCCGACACCGACCGACUUCAUUUGCCAUUGUGUGCGAGCGCACACCGUUCCAUCAUACAGAUGAUAUUAAAACGUUUACAUAAUAAUAUAAAUGUUAAGUUGCGCGGGGCGCUCUCCGACCGCUGCCUUGUUUAUUACUGAGAUAUACAGAUACCUAUAUAUUAUUAUUAUAUAUUGUGAUUUAGUGUGGGCGCGUGGUAUUCAUUUUAAUUUAGUGAGAACCAAAUAUAUUAUGAUAUGUAAGAUAAAUAUUUUGAUUUAGAAUUUAAGUUGGGACAUAGACGACGACUUCGCUAUGUCAUCGGUAGCUAUAAGUGUAGCUUUGGUGGGUAUCGGACGAGCGAGCGAGGUGUGCCUGCGACGAAGCGUGCUUCUAUCGUAAUGCAUCGCUUACUGAUCAGAACACGAGUGAAGUCAUAAUACCCGCUCGCUGCGCACUGCGCUGUCUGCCACUGCGCUGUCUGCCACUGCGCUGCGCAGCGAGCGUGCGAGUGUGUGUGUGUGUGUGUGAGUGCCGCGGCGGAGCGCGGUGACGUCACGAGCGCUGUGACGUCAUCGCGCCCGCGCCGCGCUCUAGUUACAUCGUUGUUUUUAAUAUUAUUCUAGACAGAUAUUAUAUUUGGUUGCAACAUGCAUUGAUGAAACUAUAUUCAAAGUAUUUUAUUGUUUAUAUUAAGCAUUUCGAUGGCUUAUGUACGAGUUGUUAUGUAUAAAUAAUAAGGUAUGCAUAAGAGUAGAUAGCUUACCUACAUACGAUAUGCCUAAUUUGUUACCAUACGCAGUCGCAGUAGACGUGCUGUCUACGUAGCCUAGUUAUCACAAUUCUCUAACAUUAUGUUUCGGCAGCUUUAGCGCAAACUAUACUAUAUUUCCAACAAUCAUUUUACAAUAUAGCUAUUUUACUAAUAACUACAACAAAAUGUUAUAAGUGCUAAAACAGUCUCAGAUUAUGUUAUAUUCUAUUUAUUUUUUAAAUAUCUUGUGACCUACAUGAAUGUUGUACAUAAAUUAUGUAUACUUAAUAAAUAGUCAAGUUUAACAUAAGUUGCCGAAGGAUCGAGUCCGUCAGGGGCUCGAUUCUGCUAAUGUUACUUUGGCCACUCAUUGGAUUCAACUUUGCGUCCAAUAUGGCUAUAACUUGAAAUGAUCAAACUACUGCUCUAUAUCUGUAUUUGCGUCAAUUCCAACUUUGUAACCAAACAAUGGAAAUAGACCAGAGGCCCGAUUCUCCUAAGUUAAUAAUGUCAAAAUCGAAUAGAAAUCGAAUCGCAAUAACAGUUUUAACGACAUUCGAUUGGUUUGCCAUUAGUCUGCUAUUUUGGUGAUUUUGGUCUAUACGGUAGUUUGCUCUACAAUCAUAUUGCAAUCGUUAAUCCUUUGCAGACAAAAUGAUUCAUUAUUGAAUGACAGAAAAGGAUAAAAACGUUUAUUUCAAAGAAAAAAUAUCGGAAUGCCACCGUAUGCAAUCUUAAUCGAGUCGUGAUUGGAUCGCAGUCGAAUGUGAAUAUGUCACUUAACCGUCAAAUCCGUAGCGGACCCCAAUCGGGGUCUGAACAUCAAUGUCACCGUAAGCUCGGUUUAGACCCCAAUUGGGGUCUAAGAAUCAGUCAUACACUUUCCUAAUUAUUUACGCUCAUAUUUAUUUUCUUUCCAAUCAAACCACAUUUGUGAGUACUAAAUAAAAUAACUAAAUAAAUUUAAAUUAUUUUUACGCAUUCAAACCUUUCAUAUUUAGCAUCCCGUUAGAAAUAUACCUUUUUAAAAUCCAAUCGUAAUUACCGGGAAUUCUGAUCGAACUCGCCAUGUUUGUUUACAUUAGUUGUUUUUUUAAAUUUGAAGACGCAUAGACAAGAUGGCGACGGUGAUAGAAGUUUUGCAUCGAAUGAUCCGAAUCGUUAAAAUAAAGAAUCGAUUUAAUAAUUUAAAUCGAUAUUAUAAUAUUACUAAAUUGCACUUUUGUAUACUUACCAUAAUCUGAAAAUAAAUUAGGAAAAGUAAAAUGACUUAACUUAUUUUGAAAAAAAUGCUAGAAAAUCAGUGGUAGAAAAUACGUUGUAGCCGGAAUAAAAAAAAUCUUCGGUUUUUAGGGUUUCUGAAGACAGCAAAUGAAGACUUAUUUAUUUCUUCGGGUGUUUUAUGUGCAGGAUUCCUGUAGACCUGCCAAACUUAAUGGCGAUUCGUUACUUCCAACUUUUUAACUGAGCGGCAAAGCUAUUUGACGAGAGCCGUAGUUAGGUGUAGUUUUAUGACGAGUGCGCAAAAUUUUAUGACGAGUUUAUUGUUUGAAAGGGCAAAUAGUUCGCUGUUCAUCGAAAGCUGCUCCAAGAUGGAAAGAUGGCCGCCGCCGACUUAUUUUUAACCGACUUCCCAAAAAGCGGAGGUUCUCAAUUCGACCCAUCAGGUCAGGAUCUGAUGAUGGAACCUUGAGAAAUCGAGGGCGACUUUCGAAAGUUGCAGAAAUACAUAGGUUGAAAUCUUAUCACUCAGGUGUUUGCCUGGUAGCACUAUUCAACAGUGAAGGCUUUGAGCUGACCUGAUGAUGGAGAGCAGUGAAGGUCGAGGGAACUCGACAACUGAAUAUUUAAACUUUCUCGUGUUUGUGCUUAUAUUAUUCGUAUUUACGAGGCCUCUGCAACAGUGAAGGAGAUGGAGACGAGAGAAGUUCGGUUGUCGAGUUCCCUCGACCUUCUCUGGUCUCCAUCAUCAGGUCAGCUCCAAACCUUUACUGUUUCAUAGUGUUAUCAGACAUACAUCUGAGUGUCAAGUUAUAACCUUAUCUAUGCUUACAAUUUUCGAGAGUUGCCCUCGAUUUCUCAAGGUUUCCAUCAUCAGAUCCUGGACCUAUUAACAAAUAUGGGGAAUAUAGCCCUUCGACCAAAAACAAACAUCCAAAUUGAGAACCACCUCCUUUUUGGGAUUCGGUUAAAAAUAUUUGGUGACUUUAAAAUCAAUCAAUUACCUAUUAUUAUUGUUUCUCAUCAUCAAAUAAGAACAUUACUUUGGUAGUUACAAAUUGCAUUAUAUUUCAGAACACCAGGCUUACCCUCCGCCGAAACAAAAAUCUUAGAAUUGUUGAGAAAUAAUAUAAGAAUAAAUUAAAAUUCCGUAACAGGUAAUAAAAAUUCAAUUUAAGUUAAAAAUUAUUACGAAUGACGCAACACCAAAAUAAAUAAUACAUAUAAAAAUUUAAUGCUAAAAACUUUCAUAAAACUUAAAUAUCUUUUUUCUUAACAACAAAAACAAAUUGAACCUAUAAUUUCAAAUUAAUAAAUAAAAUUGAAAUAAGUUGCUAUUAAAAAAUAGGUAUAUAUAAAAUUGGUAUUCGAUUAUUUAUAAUAAAUAUCCGAUUUAGGUAUCGAAUGCACAACGCUGAUUGAAAAAAAAAAAUACUCCAUUCCAAACUCUUCUUGUCUGUGACUUUGAUCUUGUAAAUUGUUCAUUUUUAUUGUGUAUUUUAUGUGCUGAUUUUUUAGUUAUUGAACAUAAAUAAGUGCACAUAAUGUAUUGCAACGGAUUGAAAAUGUUAUACAUAUGACGUUUGUGUUGUGUUUAAGAAAGUGAUGCGAUUAUUUGUUGGUAAGUUUUCACCAAAUUUGAAAUGCCUAACUUUUCGAUAGACUUAAAAACACCGUAAUUAUUAUCUUUUUCUGAAUUAACUGACCCCAUUUGACCUUUGCACGCUGUUGUCAAAUAAGUGAGCUCUAAAGUUAUAGUUAAAAUACUUCUGAUCAGGCAUUUCGGACUUAGAAUUCAUGUGUUGAAAGUUAGUACCAAUUUUUGACUUCCAUGUCGCGAUUCAAAAUAUCCCGCCGAAUCAACGGUAAAGUCAUAUGUCAAAAUCUUGUCGAGCAGAGGGGUUAAGUAAAAUUAGGAGAAUCGGGCCCCAGCUCUUUGCGCCAUAGUACCGGUACACACAUGGGUGCAUUGGGCGCAAAACGUUACGUUGGUGCAAGUACCUAUCUCCAAUGUGUGGCCGCGGCAUUAGCAGAAUCAGACCCCUGGUAGGCCAUAUAGCAGCUUCGUGACGUACGUCAAUGGCCGUUAUGGAGGUAUCACCACGUUACAGGCUGUCUGGCGCUACAGAUAGGAAUAGUAAGAGCCACUCGCCGCCUGCUCCGCACGCCGACCGGCCGCUUCGUAUUAUAUUUUAUGUAGUCAAUUGCCUGCUAGUAGUCGCUACGACCCUACGGCUAAUAUAUUUUUAACUUGUCAAAAUUUUAACUUGAAUACGAAUGUGGCGCCUAAUGCCGGCGACACGGUGGCGGGAAGCGCCUCUAGCGCGGGGAAACGCUUGAACACUUUGUAAUGUUGUCUUUACUACACCGCUAAAAUUCAGUUAACGAUAAGCAAUGACAGCUUCUCACGCAAUGCUUGGGAAUGAGAGAACGAGGUAAAUUAUUUAUAUUGAAUUGUAUCUAGAUGUAUAUAUAGAGUUUAUUUUGUAAUAAUGCUAUGUAUGUAUAGCAGCGCGCUCUCGCGGCGACUCGUGCCGCGCCGCCUUCACGUGAACUUAUAUUUUGUUCGCAAUUAUACUUCAUACAUAAUAUUCUUGCGAUGUUUGAAUGAUGUGUGAGAGGGAUCCUACAGUGAUUUUUAACGUGGAGACUAUAUGCUUUUAAAGUAAUAAACUUGCAUUUCUGAUUAA